GCCCACAACCCUGCCCGGCCCCGCCCACAGUCUCCCCCGCGCACGCGCAGUCCUCACGAACGAGCGCGCCAAGCGCACAGCGCCGCCUUCCGGCAGAGGCCUCCCACCCACCCUCAGCUUCUAGCACCAGGGACCGCCUCCUCCCCUCAUGUGCCAAGUGGAGUUCGAGCUGGCGCGCGCGGCCCUCAAGCAGCUGAAGGGUCCUGUGAGCGAUCCGGAGAAGCUGCUGAUCUACGGCCUCUACAAACAGGCCACCCAGGGCGACUGCGGCAUCCCCGCCCCUCCGGCCUCAGACGUGAAAGCCAGGGCCAAGUGGGAGGCUUGGAGCGCGAACAAAGGGGUGUCCAAGAUGGACGCCAUGAGGAGCUACGCGGCCAAAGUGGAGGAGCUGAAGAAGGAGGAAGUGGGGGGCAUGGAGCGCGAACAAAGGGGUGUCCAAGAUGGACGCCGUGAGGGGCUACGCAGCCAGAGUGAGGAGCUGAAGAAGGAGGAAGUGGGGGGCAUGGAGCGCGAACAAAGGGGUGUCCAAGAUGGAUGCCGUGAGGAGCUAGGCGGCCAGAGUGAGGAGCUGAAGAAGGAAGUGGGGGGCAUGGAGCGCGAACAAAGGGGUGUCCAAGACGGACGCCAUGAGGGGCUACGCGGCCAGAGUGAGGAGCUGAAGAAGGAGGCGGCUGACUGAGGGCUCCUCGGGAAUGGAAAGGGCUUCUUAGACCUUGAUGGCUGAAACGUACUGAAACUGUCGCAAGCUUAGCCGAGACAUCAAUAAAUCACUUAAACUGCGUGAGAGUGACCGACUGCUGUUGGAACAGAGGACCUGGAGGAACUCGGUGACUGAGUGCUGGGGAGGCGUCCAAAUACACAGACUGGCUUUUUGUAUGGUUUUGGGUGGAGUUCCCAGCCCUCCUAUUACAAGAGCGUAUGUAGGUAUUUGGCAGGAGAGAGGGGGACAGUGUGCUGUGGAAAUGCCCAAGAUCUGAGGGCAGGAGACCAUUCUCCAGUGACGGCCUCUUGGGAGGCUGAGGCCCCAGCCCCUUCUCUCUUCAAGACGGAUUCACUAAUACCCCAACACCACAGAGGGGAGCGGGACUCUGUCCUAAAGUCCAAAAGCCCCCACUGGAACACAGGGCCUACCAAGUUCACGUUUGGAGGGAGACCAAGCUUUCCGUGAUGAUAGUACGGUGAAACAAUUGAUGGGUCAGAACACAGCAGCUGAGAAACAAUGGAGCAGAUGCUGUCAAAAUCCCAGCCCCAGAAAGGCUCACCUGAGGCCGGGCAACCCAAAUGUUCUCGGGACUGUUCUGUACUUAACCCUGGUUUCUGCUUAGGGGAUGUUGGUGGGACAAUAUGCAUAUGGAUGUCCAUGUGGGAUUUGCUGCAAGAGCACAACACACCCCUUGACCUAUGCAAGUGCCAGAGUGUCUGAACCCAGCUUCUACUCCUGUUAAUGAUCACGGGGGCCUCAAUGCACAACCAUUGUGCAUGGCAGCUGGAGUAUGGAAUAGUGAAUGGUAUCCAGAGAGGCAGGUCUACAGUGGCAUAUGGGAUUUCCUGGUACUUCUUCCUUAAUAGAAAGUAUUUUCACAGAUCAUGACAUCAGGUCAGCUCCAGUUCUCAUUGGGACCAAUAAAACAAUAGAAGCAACAACCAUAAAGACUUAAGAGGACAAAGGAAACAGACCUCACUGUGUGUCUUCAAGAUCUGUUCACAUAGUUGCAGGAAGUUGUUAUAGACAAAGUACAUUACUAAAAAAUGAAGCCCACCCAGCACAUCACAGCGAUGAAAGAACUAUUUCUGGUAACUGGACCAGGCGAGAGCCACACUGGAGAAGAGCAGUGCUGCUCUCUCUUCUUUGGUGAAUGUUAUGAAGACGUUCUGAUGCACUUAGGAUCAUGAUUCAUGUUAAAUUUAAAUAGUAAAAAUAAUACAUCUUGUUCCAAAAUGUGGUGACAAUUUAGAAGCUGUCUAUAUAGCCAGAACACUCUGUAAAUCAUAGAACCUAGAAAGUAAAAAUGUGCCAUAAUUAGGCUAGCAGAAAGUAACAGUAAGAUAAAGUUUUUAAAAAGAGAGAAAAUAAGGAUUUAUCUAGUUGUAUUUGCUUACGAAGGGGUUACCUAUAGGACGCAGGGGAAAUGGGAUUGAUGGGCAUGGGGUAUACUGUGAAAGGAAAAUAAAAUCUUGGGACCAAAUUCACUAAGCCAAAGGGAAAAGUUAAGGUUGGCAAUUGAGUCAUGGAACAUGCAAAAAACUUUUCCUUUUGUUCCUAAACAGAUAAGCUAUAAGACAGAAGGCCACAUAUCUCCCCAGGUGGUCUCCCUCACCCGACAAUAUAAAUUAACAGCUUAUCUUCAUAGGUAAGGGACAAAGACAACACCAGAAACCAUCCCUCACCAGCCCUGAGACAAAAUGUAGAUGUACUGAGCUGAAUGCCUAACUGUUCCUCUGCCCGCUGCUUUCACUGUAACAUGUAGAUUUUGUGAACGCUAAAUAUACAUUUACUGAGCUGAAUGCAUAACUGAC